AUGGCUUCCUAUGCCCCGUUGACACCACCAGAGCAUGAAGUAUGCCCCAAGGAACAUUCCAACGAAGAUAACAGUCCCACCCCUACACCAUCGUCGCAUGAAAAUACGUCCAGCAAGCAGGUCUCUCGCGAAGCAAGCCCGGCUGCUUCGGAGACAGCAGAUGAGGUAUACAGGUCGCCGAGAUCAACACCAAGAGGACCCGAAUCAACGGAGAACAGACUCCGACCGGCAGCAGAUGUCAUCAAUCGCAUAAUCUGGGAUGCCAAAUUCGACAGCGAAGACUAUAUCAUCGGAUACGAAGAUAGAUUCAAUGGUCGCCUGGAAGCUUGUCUAGGUACCUGGAAGAAGGACUUGACCGAUGAGGAAUUUAUUCCGCAGCAUCGGAUUCUGUAUAUCAAGCGGAAGUCAGAUGGCGAAAUUGUGUGGGAUAAGAGGAGGAGGACCGACAAGAUCUUCUACAGUGGGAAUUCGGCGUACAGUUGGCUGUCAUUCCUUAAUUAG